AUGAGUGGUGGCGAUUAUUGCUUUCCUCUGAUGCGCCGAGCCUGGUGCUUCCAAGAACGACUUCUCGCCACCAGAGUGCUACAUUAUACCAAGAGUGAAAUCGUCUUCGAGUGCAAGAGCGCGGCACAUUGCGAGUGUUCCGAAAUCAACCGGGUCACUUCGAGGGAUGGCAAAAGCAAGCUAGGACGCUUGAGGAUGGGAAUGCCGCUGGGCGAAGAGACGCCUUCAAGUGCAAAUUCUCUAGAGCACACAAUGGCAAAUAUGAGUCUCUCCAGCUGUCUUGCCCCAUGGUUGGAUCAAAAGCGUGCCAAUUCGGACAAGAAUGACUCAAAAGCCAGCGUUUGGAAUAGCAUAGUGGGCGACUACGCGAAAAGGGCGCUGACAUAUAGUCGAGACACACUACCCGCCCUCUCUGGUGUCGCGUUGAAGAUGCAGACCUGCGGCAUGGGAAAGUACCUGGCUGGGCUCUGGGAACAAGACCUCGCCAACGGACUGAUGUGGUCUUCGUUUCGGGGUUGGGACUGCGAGCGCCAUUCGACAUAUAUCGCGCCCACGUUUUCGUGGGCGUUGCGAGUUAGCCCGGUCACCCCCGCCCCAACAAGGGAAGCAAUGGGAAACCAAUGCGUCGAGAUCCUCGACUGUAACUGCACCAUCAAAGGUGCCAACCCUUUUGGCGAGGUAUCCUCCGGCUACGUCAAGUUGAGGGGGAAAAUCAUCGAAGCAAAAUUCGAACUCGACCGUUGGCCCAACAGGCAGCCACCAUACCUCCUAAACAGUGUCGUCAAACCUGUGUCGUCUUCGGAGAUUUGGAUGGGAGGGUGGCAAUCGCAAUUUGAAAUCGACACCAAGGAGGACUUGGCUUCGACACAAGGAGGCACUGUUUACUGUCUACUCAUGUUCUCUCAAGAACUCACUUCGCCAAUCUCGGGCGUAGAGCUUUAUGAAAAGGCGCUGAUGCUCAAAUCGACCGAGACGCCGGGGGUCUUCCAAAGGUGUGGUACAUGCCGGUUUCGAGUGAACCGUCGAAGAUCGAAGAGGAGUUCGUGGUUUGAAGGGGCCGAAGAGGCAGAGAUCAGCAUCAUAUGA